AUGCCUCCAGAAUUUUCAACCCUGAUUCAAGAAUGCACCAGAGGAUCAACCAAGGCUUCAUCAUACCUUUCCCGCCUGGGGCUGCUAAACGGGUUCACCGACCCCACAAAGCCAGGACGACCAGGAUUCAAGUCGAAUGAUACAAUUCGAAAAUUCUGGAUAGCCACGAACGACAAGGUUCACACAAUUGCGCGGCUUUAUAAGUCAAGGAACGCCAUACGCGAAGCACUUGUCAGCCAGCGCAUCACUCUGGACGAAACUGUCAACGAGUGUCUCGAAGGGGCUGGGCCUAAGAUAUGGAGUGACGGAGUGGAAGCAGAGUCCCUCACUACUCCUGAUGUCACUGGGGCGCUCAGUGAAGCCCUUGAUGCCGAGUCUGCUCCCAAAUCCAAGAACGCUUCAGAGUUCGCCGAGAACGGGUAUCCGAGACACCUCAUCUAUGGAGAUCCUGAUGAUCGAAACAAGAUCCGACUACACGUGUUCGGCUAUAUCAUCCAACGUGCCUGUCGUAAGGCCGAAGAUGACAGACGCAAAGGAAAAGCCUCUGACGCCGCGCCCGAAACCGAGGAUCCCACACCGCCAACAAGCUUCAUGGACGCCGUACGCGUCGGUAACUCCAGGCGUAUCCGCAGCAUGUCGCCAUCGCCUGAUACCAGUGCGGAUGAGCUCGCUCGCUUUUCUCCGACUGGCGAUUCAAACAGUUCCAAAUCCAAAGAGUAUCCCAAUGUCCCAGCCUCCAAGAUCCGAUCACUGAGAAACCCAUCUUCCACACAACAGGACAUGUCACAAAUCCGUACCACACACGGUGUCUCUGUGGUGACACCUGCAAAAAAGCGUGUGGGUACUGGGAUCACAGCUUUGGAGAACAGCAAGUGUAAACAAAGCAGAUCCCAAAUCGGCAGCAACCCAGGGAAAGCCAGUGAGUCAUCCGUCAAAGAUAGGACCAGCUUGAUGGAGAACUGUAUGAACGCCCAGUUCCUUCAUGAUCGGCGUGAGCUGGGAUUCCAGCUCCUUGAUCUUUUCAAAUCACAAAAUCCCGGACGCCAAGAAGUUGCAGAAAUGCAAAAGGUUGUGGAACACAUCGGCAUGAUGGUCGUGAAAUAUAGAGAAGAGCUCAGGAAAGGACUGGAAAGCAGCAUGUACGAAAAGUACAAAGGAGCUCUGAAAAAAUGGCUAGCAUGCAUGCGAACACUUGUUGAGUACCGCGAGGCUACUGGUCUUUCCGGCGAUGGCCAAGCCAUAUUAACCGGCUUCAAAGCCCUGCCAGUGGAGAAGAAGAAGGCGGGACGUCCUUACUUCAUGAAGUUUGAAGAGAUCCGAACAUUGGGUGAGUGUGAUAGCACAACGCUUCCCGUAUUCUGUGAAGAGGUGGGUUCCAUGCUUUUGAAGAUGGCCAGUUUUCCCACGUUGAGCAUGGAGUCAGAGUUGGGUAUGGAGCUAGAUGAGCUUCUUCUAGGUCUGAUCCCUUUCACGACGCGGCUCAUGGAAUGCCUCCUGGCCACGCCGUCCAAUCCAUGA